CUUGCUCCACCAUGGCCAGCCAGCUGCGGCGCGCGGAGGUGAAGGGCGGCGCUUGGGCAGCCUCCGCGGUCGCUCGAUCUCCGCCUCCCCCGUCACGGGCUGCCUGGCUGGCUUCCCCCGGCCGAGCCGGGAAGGAGAACGCGGGAGGCCUUGCUUGGCGGAGGGUUCCCGGCGCCCCGAUCCUUCGUGCGCGCGGACGCCAGCCCGGGGAAAUCUGCAAGGUGGAGCCCGAGCCUCGGCAUGGCUUACUGGGAAGGAAACCCUCCCGAGUCCGUCGGACUGGAGCUGGCUCUCGAGGAAGCGCGCAUGGGAUUGCCGCGCUGAAAAGCUUCGGCCAGCAGCGAAUCUCACUUCAGCUGAAAACAGCCGCCACCACCACCAUUUAAAGCUGUACUCUCGCUGAACGUCAGUCGACUCCGCUCAGUAGGAUUUACUUGCGAGUGGCCCUCUAAGGUCCAUUAUCCGCUAAGACCGCAGUUUUAAAAGCGGACAGGGGCGCAUCCAGGAAAGCAGGGAAACGUGAUUGUUGACUACGCAUUUACAUCGGUGGUAUGCAUUUCCUCCGAGUAGAGACCCAGAUCUGGACGGCAAGAUUUCCUACGACCGCUAGAUGGGGCCAAAAGGGAUCUGCAUCCAGAGUUUGGCAACCUACUCCAAGGAGAUGUAUUUUUUCUCAAAUCCACCGCUGACACGACUUGGUACCCCUGUUGGCACAGCAUCUUAACCACUUUGCUGGUUUUACAUAAUAACGAUAAACUUGCCACACAGUCUCUGUUUCCAUAACAUCAGCCACAAAAAGGAUUAACCACAAUUAAAAUUAAGCAAUCUUGACAAGGCACCUGAAGCUGCAAUGGACGACUGGAGCAGCAGUAGCAAACUCAUACAGCGGCUGGAUUUUUCCAGAUGUGGAGAAGACAAUGAGUUGGAAGAGGACAAUAGCUUAAGAGUGGAAGAUAUGAAGCAGGUCACUCCACAGAAAAACUGUGAUUUUCAGAAUUGGAGAAUGAAUUGUCCCGUCCCAGUGACCCCACAGAGACAAGUGCAUGAUUGCUCUCCGGCACGCCCAACUUCUUGGGUGAAUCCUAUCAGGGAAUGCAGGGGAUCUCUGAGAAAGAAAACUGUCCCUUUGGAGGAUUAUCCUGGAACUCCUUUGCAUUAUGUCACUUGGCAGAAGCUGCAACUCUGUGAUACUCCGAAUACUCCAAAGAGCCUGUUAAGUAAGACAGCUUUCCCUUCACCUGUGGGAAAAUUUCCCUCCAAGGGGAUGAGGAACUUGCGAUUCACUUCUUGUCCUGACCCAGAUGAGACUCCUCCAGCUUCCUUGGUUAAUAUUAAUCCGUUUACACCUGAAUCAUAUCGACAGAUGGUCUUCCAUCCCAGUGGCAAGAGGAAAGCCAGAGGGGAGUUAGAGGAUCCCAAGCAAAAAGAUGGACUAAUGGAGCUGGGAUUGCCUGCCAAGAGAUUCCUCUUGCGUGAGAGUAACAUGGUUUCCCGCUACAAGAAGGAAUUCCUAGAGCUGGAGAAGAUUGGUGUGGGGGAAUUUGGUUCUGUUUAUAAGUGCAUCAAAAGACUGGAUGGGUGUGUCUAUGCCAUCAAACGCUCAAAGAAACCCCUCGCUGGGUCCUCAGAUGAGCAGAUGGCUUUGCGGGAAGUCUAUGCCCAUGCAGUGCUUGGCCAUCAUCCCCACGUUGUCCGCUACUACUCAGCUUGGGCAGAAGAUGAUCACAUGAUCAUACAGAAUGAGCACUGCAAUGGUGGGAGCCUUCAGGAUGUGCUUUUGGAAAAUUCAAAGACAGCAGAUUAUUUCAAAGAAUCUGAGCUGAAGGAAAUCUUGUUGCAAGUCUCCAUGGGGCUGAAAUACAUCCACACUUCUGGCCUGGUUCAUAUGGAUAUCAAACCCAGCAACAUUUUUAUAUGCCACAGCCUGCCUGGGUCCACUGGUCAAGAGGAGAGUGACGGGGAAGAUGAUGGGCUUGCUGCUUCAAAUGUGGUAUAUAAAAUUGGGGAUCUUGGACAUGUGACAUCCAUAACCAAUCCACAAGUAGAGGAGGGAGAUUGCCGCUUCUUGGCCAAUGAAGUCUUGCAAGAGCAAUAUUGCUAUCUGCCCAAGGCAGACAUCUUUGCUCUUGCCUUAACUAUUGCUCUGGCGGCAGGUGCUGGUCCAUUGCCUGCCAAUGACACCCCGUGGCACCAUAUCCGCAGAGGCAAUCUCCCACGUAUCCCUCAGCAAGUGUCAUGUGACUUUACAGAACUGCUCGAGCUGAUGAUUCAUCCUGAUCCAGUUGUGAGGCCAUCAGCUGCUGCACUAACCAAGCACCCUAUCCUCCGACCCUCUCUUGGCAAGGCUGCCCAGCUUCAGAAACAGCUCAAUGUGGAGAAAUUCAAAACUGCUAUGCUGGAAAGAGAGCUGAGAGCAGCCCGGGUUGCCCAGGCCUUUCAAAAGGAUCCACCUUCAGAACGGGCCAGAGCACAAGAAUCUGGAAUCAGUUUAAGGCAUCAGAACAUCAAGAAGCGUCUGGUGGGAGGGAAAAAUACCCGAUCCUUUAGUUUUACUGCCAGUGGCUAUCGAGGGCCAGGUUAUGCUAGUUACUCAAAUAACUGAAAUGCAUCUCAGCGUGAAAAGUGCCCAUUUAGUUUAGAAAGUCAUAUUUUUACCUAAUACAUAAUGACUUCAAGAAUCAUGGUACUGGUUUUGAUCUUUCACUGUAUGAGAACAAUGUAGUACAUUACACUACAGUGUAAACCAUCUUAGUCCUCUCUGAACUUCUCUUUUGUCUCCUGAACUCAACAGCCAUAACUCAUAAACCCAAUCAAACAUGGAGUUCAGAAGAGGCUCAUGGCAACAACUUUAAGCAUAACAAUUAUUCAAAGUGAACUUCCUUAACUUUGAUGCUCUCCAAGUGUAUUGGACUAUCGUUCUCACGAUUCUGGGAGUUAUUCCAAUGCAUCAGGAGGGUGCCAAGCCUCAUUUAAAUUGAUUAGUAUAUUUUUCCCCUUGGAUUUUCUGAACAGUCCAUAGCUUUCUUUGUUUAGCUUUUAUAUUAAUUAAUUUUAAAGACCUCUCUAUCUCACUGUGGUUUUUUUUUUUUUUUAAGUCAGAAAUUACCAUUUACAAAGCUUUUAAAGGGAUGACUUCUUAGGCAGCAGUGGGUAACUGGUAUUCUUGUAGUUGGUGAAAAAAUUGUAAGGAGCCAGGUCCCACCUUGGGAUUCUGUCCCAAACAAAGAACACAACUUGAGCAAAAUAUAUCUAACAGGCUAAGUAGAUGAAAUUUAAUAAAGUACAGAAAUUGAGGAAAAUAUAUUUCCAGAUCAGAUUGUAUCUCUUUCCAUGUGCAACAGCAGGGAGUUUAAAUAUGUGUUGUUCAGAAAGGGGGUGUCUGCUUUAUUCUUAAUGAGUGACAGAUAUACAGAAAAAUACAAUUUUGGUGCAUUUGGAGCACACAGAAGGUAAUUUUUUUUUAGAAUCCUAGAAUUUUUGUGGGUUUAUAUUUUGUAAAAAAAAUUCUAAUAAAGCAAAUCUUAUGUUCCAGUCAAAAUGUUAACAGCAUUGCAUGUCCAAAACUCAGUAUUCUAUUUAUAAACCUAGUUGCAAAUGUAUUAUAUGAGUUCCUUAGACAUUCCUGAAUAUGGUUUUAUGUCUAGCUGCUGGACAGCCAACAGUCUACUGAC